GACUUUCACGCGUACAGCGCUGGGUUUAGUGCCGCAGUUCGAGGGGACUGUAGCGCAGCUAGGGAUACGGCGUUAUAUUGAAACGGAUUUACACACCCCCAUCCUCAGAAGUCGACACAGAGAAUCGUUUAGCAAGAGGAACAGUUUGUCCGGCAAUGAGGUGGUUUCCUGGAAACAUGAUCACAUGGUGGCCUUGAUCUCACGACUGUGUUAGAAGACAUCUCUGAUAAUGUCUAGCUCAGGCUACCCUCCAAGUCAGGGAGCGUUCAGCACAGAACAGAGCCGCUACCCUCCCCACUCAGUCCAGUACACCUUCACCACCUCCCGGCACCAACAGGACUUUGCGGUUCCAGAUUAUCGCCCUCAUCUGCAGGAAGUUAGCAACGCUUCCCAGCUUCUCCAGCAUCAGCAGCAGCAGCAGCUUCGGAGAAGACCCUCGCUGCUCUCAGAGUUCCACCCUGGCACUGACAGACCCCCUGAAAGGAGACAUGGCUAUGAGCAGCAGUUCCAUGUGGUGUCCUCACAGUCUGACCAUGAAGCUCUGGAGUCAAAGCGCCCGCGAAUCGAGCAGGUUUCAGAGGCUCAUUUCCAGCGGGCCUCUGCUGCUGGGGUCCUGCCCCUGGCGCAAACUCUGUCAGACGGGCUAAGGACUGCCAGCGAUGUGAAAAAGGAGGCUUUAUUUGCAUUGAAAGCAGAGACGCCCUCCUCCCCAGGAAUCCAGCCGAUAGAUGAACCAGAUGCCUCUCCAUCAAAACUGUCCAAGGAGGAGCUGAUUCAGAGCAUGGACCGUGUGGACAGAGAGAUCGCCAAGGUGGAGCAGCAGAUCUUCAAACUCAAGAAGAAGCAGCAACAACUAGAAGAGGAAGCAGCUAAACCUCCUGAGCCCGAGAAGCCCGUCUCUCCGCCUCCGGUGGAGCAGAAGCACCGCAGCAUUGUUCAGAUUAUCUAUGAUGAGAACCGGAAAAAAGCAGAAGAAGCUCAUAAGAUAUUUGAAGGCCUGGGACCAAAAGUUGAGCUGCCCCUCUAUAAUCAGCCAUCAGAUACCAAGGUAUACCAUGACAACAUUAAAACGAACCAAGUGAUGCGAAAGAAGCUUAUUCUGUUCUUUAAAAGGAGGAAUCAUGCUCGGAAACAAAGGGAGCAGAACAUCUGCCAGCGCUACGACCAGCUCAUGGAUGCGUGGGAGAAGAAACUGGAGCGGAUUGAGAACAACCCCCGGAGGAAAGCCAAGGAGAGCAGGACCAGGGAGUACUACGAGAGGCAGUUCCCUGAAAUCAGAAAACAGCGCGAACAGCAGGAGCGAUUUCAAAGGGUUGGCCAGAGAGGCACUGGGCUUUCUGCAACUAUCGCUAGAAGUGAGCACGAGAUUUCAGAAAUCAUCGAUGGACUGUCUGAGCAGGAGAACAAUGAGAAGCAGAUGCGUCAGCUCUCUGUGAUCCCCCCAAUGAUGUACGAUUCUGAGCAGAGACGAGUCCGGUUCAUCAACAUGAACGGACUGAUGGAGGAUCCCAUGAAGGUUUACAAGGCACGCCACUUUAUGAACGUCUGGACGGAUCACGAGAAGGAGAUCUUUAAAGAAAAGUUUGUGCAACAUCCAAAGAACUUCAGUCUCAUUGCUUCUUAUUUAGAGAGGAAGAACGUAGCAGACUGUGUUUUAUAUUACUACUUAACAAAGAAGAAUGAGAAUUAUAAGACCCUGGUAAGGCGUAACUAUGGACGACGUAGAGGAAGGAACCACCAGCAACAAAUUACACGUCCUUCGCAAGAAGAAAAAGCAGAAGAAAAAACAGAGGAGGACAAAUCCGAAAAAGUCGAGAAGAGAGAGGAAGAGGAGAAAAGGGAAGAGGAGGAGAACGAUGAUAAAGAGGAAUCAAAGGACAUCAACAAAGACAAAGACAAGUCAGACGGUGCCGGAGAGGAAGAGGAGGGGAAGGAGCAGGCCACGCCGCGAGGAAGGAAGACCGCCAACAGCCAGGGCCGUCGCAAAGGCAGGAUCACUCGAUCGAUGGCCAGUGAGGCAGCUGCAGUGGCCUCAGAGGAGCCCCCCCCUCCCCCACCCCCUCCCGCCCCAGAGCCUGUGCUGCAAGAAAUUAAAAGCAACAUGUUUCAAGCACCCAAAACUGAGCCAGUGCAGAAGUGCACCCGGGAUCAACCCAAGGCUCCACUGGGAGCCAUGGAAAUGCAGGCACACAGAGCUUCUGCAGAGCCUGUGGAGACCUCCCGCUGGACAGAGGAAGAAAUGGAAGUGGCCAAGAAAGGAUUGGUGGAGCAUGGGCGCAACUGGGGAUCCAUUGCCAAGAUGGUGGGCACCAAAAGCGAGGCCCAGUGCAAGAACUUCUACUUCAACUACAAGAGGCGGCACAACCUGGACAACCUGCUGCAGCAGCACAAGCAAGGCUCCAGGAGGUCCCGGGAGGAUCGUGACGUGUCUCAGUGUGAAAGCAUGGCCUCCACAGUGUCUGCACUGGAGGAUGAUGAGAACGAGGGCUCCAAUGAGGAAGAGAACCCAGAAGACAGUGAAGGUGCUGAGAACAGUUCCGACACAGAGAGCGCUCCAUCCCCUUCCCAAAUGGAGACCAGCAAGACAGGCGAGGGGACGACGCAGAGCUCCAGCAACAAUCUCCCCAACAGCGAGGCCCCCCCUGAACAGGACUCUGCCUCCAAAAGCACCCCCUCCUCGCCCUCGACGACAGCAGCCUCUAAACCCAACGAGAGCCAGUACUGUGAGCUGCAAGUGAAGGAGGAGACCAGCCCAGAGGCAGCCGAGUGCUCAGGGCAGGACAGGGGGGCCCAACCCCCCUACGAACCCCAAGUGCAGACCAAAGCAGAGCCCAUGGACGUGGACAUGAAGCCCACCGCCGACGUCCAGGUGAAAGUGGAGGCUGAUACCAAAGACAAGGACUUGGAGAAGCACUGGGAGAAGGGAGAGCUGGAGGAGAUGGGGCUCAACCUGUCCCAGCGAGGGCAGAGGCGUCAGUCCCACUCGGACAACGAUUCCAGCGCCACCUGCAGUGCGGAUGAGGAUGUGGACGGGGAGCCAGACAGGCAGAGGAUUUUCAGUCUAGACAAGCCGUCCUUGCUCAACCCUGCCGGGUCAGUGCUGGUGAAACAAGGACACAUGGACAUGCAGCAGCUGCAGCAGCGGGCAGCCAUGAUUCCCCCCAUGGUCAGUCAUUAUACUGGUCCCCAGUUUCAUAUCAGAUUUGCAAAAUCGGAGAAAAGUGGAAGCAGUCAGCAGGGUGAAAAUAUCAUGUCUUAUUUAGACCAACCAUCUAACCACGUAUCGAGCACCUACGGCUCUGCCAACGUCCAGGCUGGGAACCCGAUGAGUGGCCUGGCCUUGUUCCAGCGCCAAAUCAAAGCAGUGCUGGAGUCGUCCCAGCAAGAGGAGCGGCAGAGACAUGAGCAGGAGCCCCAGGACAGGCACAGGGCCAGCAGCCCGCGAGUCGGUACCAAGAGCCCCAGCAUCGUGGACCGGGAGGGUAAACCCUUUGCCUAUAUGCCUUAUGAGAUGAAGCUCUCAAUGGAGCAGGAAGCCCAGGUCCUCAGUAACUCAGCCAGGUCUGCGUCCCCUUACAGGAGCAGGGCCUCCCCUCAGCCUGACGUCAAUGCCCCUCGUUACAGCGUGCCACCAGGUAACUACCUCCGGCACAGGUACCCCCUACCCCACGAUGUCCGAGCCAUUGACACCUCCUCCUUCCCUCAACACACAGUUCUGCAGCCUGCUCCAAAUCACGUUCUUCAGAAUCUCUCGGAUGGUGCACGAGUGCCGUUUUCCAGACACGUGAGGCCUCCCAACAUUCCUUCCCCUCCUCCGCUAAUACCAUCCUCCAAAUCUUCCGACAAGCCGUCCUUUAUCAUGGGAGGAUCCAUUUCACAGGGCACUCCUGGAACGUAUUUACCUUCUCACAGCCAAAGCGCUUAUUGUCAAGAGACAGCCAAAAGCUCUGUGGGCUCCAUAUCGCUGGGACUACCCAGACAGCAACAAGACUCAGCAAAGACAGUACCUUUGAUGCCAUACAUUAAGCAGGAAGAGUUUUCUCCCAGAGGUCAGAGUGCACAGCCAGAAGGCCUGCUGUCCAGGGCGCAGUAUGAAGGAGUGGUGAGAGGUAAUCCAGUGUCUACCAUCCAGGAAGGAAGUAUCACACGAGGGGCUCCCAAGGUUGCAGACCUCCCAUUCCGGGGCUCAAUCACUCAGGGUACUCCAGCUCUUUCCCACUCAGGCACUCCCUCUGAUGUGCUUCUGAAAGGCACCAUCACCAAACGGGCUACUGAGGACAUCAGCAGCCCAGAAAAGGCCAGAGAGGAUGCUCUUUCCAAAGGACAUGUUAUCUAUGAAGGCAAGAGUGGGCACAUCGUAUCUUACGACACUAUUAAGAAUGCAAGAGAAGGCACAAGGAGCCCAAGAACAGGCCCGGAAUUCAUUGGGGUGAAGCGUUCCUAUGAUAUGAUGGAGGGAGGAUUACCCAGAGGCCACGCAGUGAGGGAAUCCUCUGUCUCUGCACCUUACGAAGGUUUGAUCAGCCGAGCGCUGCCAAGAGACAGCCCACACGCACCAGAGUCAAAAGAGAGGACAGUCCUCACUGGAUCUAUAAUGCAAGGUACUCCAAGGGCAUCAGUUGAAGCUUUUGACGAAGGACACAAAUACGGCAAACAGAUUAAACGGGAGAGCCCUCCCAUCUCCAAGGGCCAAGGAGUGACCACCAUUAAAGAGAUGGGCCGCUCCAUCCAUGAGAUCCCCAGGCAGGACCUGUUGGGCCAGGAUAACCGCAAGACCCCCGAUGGCGUACAGAACACAAGGCCAGUCAUAGAGGGAUCCAUCUCCCAGGGUACACCAAUCAAGUACGAAAGCAGCGGAGUGAGCCAGCCGGCCAUCAAACACAAUGUGAAGUCUUUCAUUAUCGGACCCAGCAAGCUGGGCCACAGCAUGCCUCAACUGGAGAUGAUGUCUGAGGGGAUGAAGGUGGCGGAGAGGGGGAAGUAUGAAGACAUGAAGACGUCGGACCCCGUGCGAGCGCGCUCCGGCCCCUCUGUCCUCCGCUCCACCCUGCAUGAAGCCCCCAAGUCCCAGCUCAGCCCCGGCAUGUACGAAGACUCCAGCACCCGGAGGACUCCUGUCAGCUACAGCUCCAUUUCCAGGGGCUCGCCCAUGAUGGGCAGACAGCAAGAAGGUGGAAUCCCGUCUGGGAAGCAGACAAGCCACGAGCGGAAGAGCACUCUGACCCCGACGCAGCGGGAGAGUGUCCCUGCCCACUCCCCUGUGUCUGGAGGAGAGCCCGGGCCCCCGCACAGCCCCUUCGACCCUCACCACAGGGGGGGGGUGCCAGGAGAGGUGUACCGAGCCCACCUCCCGCACCACCUCGACCCCACCAUCGCAUUCCACAGGGGGCUCGACCCAGCAGCAUACCUGUUCCCAAGGCAGCCCUCCCCAUCAGGCUAUCACAACACAUAUCAGCUGUACGCUAUGGAGAACACGAGGCAGACCAUCCUCAACGAUUACAUCACCUCCCAGCAGAUGCAGGUUAUCCCACGGCCCGAUGUUGCUAGGGGACUGUCGCCACGGGAGCAGCAAAUCUCUCUUCCCUAUGCACCUGGAACGAGAGGCAUUAUUGAUCUAGCCCAGAUGCCUCCUACUAUCAUGUUGCCUCACCCAGGGGGUACAAGCACUCCCCCCAUGGACCGCAUCAGCUACAUCCCUGGAGCGCAGUCCCCCUUCCCCCCUAGGGGUUACAACCCAGCUUCCAUCUCUCCAGGACACCCCGCCCAUCUCGCUGUGUCCGCGGCCAGCGUGGAACGAGAGCGGGAGCGCGAGCGAGAACGCGAGAGGGAGCAGAGGGAGAGGGAGAAGGAGAGAGAGCAACGUGAGAGGGAGCAGAGAGAGAGAGAGAGGGAGCAGAGAGAGCAUCGAGAGCAGAGGGAUCGGGAGAGGAUGGUAGCUGUGGCCACUGCGGCUUCAAAUGAAAUGGCUUACAUGCGGGCAGGCCCUGAGCAGCCUGGCAGGCCUAGUAGCCAUGGGUACGUGCGUUCCCCCUCCCCCUCUGUGAGGUCACAGGAGAGCAUGGUGCAACAGAGACCCAGUAUAUUCCAGGGAACAAAUGGCAAGAGUGUCAUUACCCCACUGGACCCUUCACGUAUCAUUGCUCCCUCCUCCCAAGCCCAGGGCUUGCCCACCUCCCGGUACAGCACUGCGGCCGACGCCCUGGCUGCCCUGGUGGACGCUGCUGCUUCAGCCCCUCAGAUGGAUGUGGCCAAAGCCAAAGAGGGCAAACAGGAUUCGGGCCGCAUUGAUGAGCUGGCAUCCCGACGGGCAGCAAUGUUGAGUGAACAGCAGCAGCAGCAGCAGCAGCAGCAGCAGCAGGAGCAGCACCUCCGCCAACAGCAGCAGCUCCAUCAUCACCACCAACAGCAGCUCCAGCAACAGCAACAGCAACAACUGCAACACCAGCUCCAGCAGCAACAUCAACAGCAGCAACUUCAACUUCAGCAACUUCAGCAGCAGCAGCAAGCUAUGGAAGCUGAUCGCCGCUCCAUGCAGUCCCCUUACCCCCCUGUCUCUCUGCCCGGAGGAAAGCCCCCUGGCCCCUCAUCCUCCUCAUCUUCUUCCUCUUAUGGGGAGAGCAGUAAAGACAAGGACCCCCCCACGAAGUCCCGAAUCGAAGAGGAGCUGAGGACCCGAGGAAAGACCACCAUCACGGCGGCCAACUUCAUUGACGUCAUCAUCACUCGCAAGAUCACCUCGGACAAAGACAACCGGGAGAGGGGCUCCCAGAGCUCGGACUCUUCCAGCAGCUUGUCCUCAAAUCGCUAUGAAGGGCAGGGUGGAGAUGCUGUUGAUGUCAUCAGUCCAGCCAGCUCUCCAGCACAGACACAGGAGAAACCAGAGACAUCCUUACAGCAAGAUGUGCCUAACUCCGCUCAGGCAGAAAGUGAGCAGCGUUCUUUUGAGUCUCAGAUGAGCCGGUACCGCGCCCAGCAGGAAUCGCCCUCCCCUCCACAACCCCCUGCAUCUCAGCCAGAGAUGUACGGCCAGGUCCCCAAAACACACAGGCUCAUCACCUUGGCAGACCAUAUCUGUCAUAUUAUCACCCAGGACUUUGCCCGAAGUCAGUCCGCAAGCCAGGCAGCUCCACAGACAUCCUCUGUAGCUACAUUCCAGAACGCAGCCCCUGCGGCCCCCGCGGCCCCUGCUUCGACCUCCAGGGGGAAGGUGCCAAGCCGCUACAACCCUGAGAACCAGGGCCAGUCAUCACAAGCACAGCCAGUCCACCACCAGAGGCCCUCGUCCAGGGUCUCCUCAGAGAAUGCCUCUGACAAAGCCAGGGGAAGGCCUGGCAAGUCACCUGAUCGCGGGCACAUGGAGUCUUAUGAACCCGUUUCACCCCCACAGUCCUUCUCAGCCAUGGAGAAACAGGAGGCCCUGCUGCAACAAGCACAGAGACGAGAUGCAGAGAAUGCAGAGCCCAGGUACAGGGCUGCAGGAGACGGCAGACUGCUUCACACAGAUAAAGCCCUGACUGAUUCUCGCUCUCCUGGCAGUGUAAGCUACCUUCCCUCGUUUUUUACCAAACUUGAAAACACCUCCCCAAUGGUGAAAUCUAAAAAGCAGGAGAUAUUUCGUAAGUUGAACUCCUCUGAUGGUGGUGAUUCUGACAUGGGAAGUGCCCAGCCUGGAACUGAAAUAUUUAAUCUACCAGCUGUAACCACCUCAGGCAGCGUCAGCUCUAGGGGUCAUUCCUUUGCAGAUCCAGCCAGCAAUCUGGGUCUGGAAGACAUCAUCCGGAAAGCUCUGAUGGGCAACUUCGACGACAAGCAGGAGGAGCACCCGCCUAGCUCCAUGGCAGCGAUGAACGAGGCCCGACGAGAGGAGGCCAACCCCUCACCCAACCCCGGUGUGGGUAAGCAGAAAUUAGUUGGGAAAGCAAACAGCAGAAAGUCGAAGUCGCCUAAUCCUGGGCAGGCUUAUGCUGAAAGGCCUUCUUCCGUGUCCUCGGUCCAUUCAGAGGGAGACUAUCACAGGCAGACCCCUGCCUGGGCCUGGGAGGAUAGACCUUCUUCCACAGGUUCCACUCAGUUCUACAACCCCUUGACCAUGCGGAUGCUGAGCAACACCCCUCCCACCUCAAUGGCCUGCGCUCCCCCCAGCAUACAGGCCCAGCCAGCCUCUCUCCAACAGAGCCUGCAGCAGAAUCGCAUGUGGGACCGCGAGCCAGCACCUCUCCUCUCCGCACAGUACGAGACCCUGUCUGACAGCGACGACUGAGCCGCUGGGAAAGCAUCAGGAAACACCCCUUGGAGGCAGGGAGGGAGGCGCUGUGACCAGGCCUGAGGAUGGGAAAGCAAGGGAGAUGACAGGACACAGAUUGAGCCAAACGGGAGCUCUUCAGCUCAAACUUGAGGGAGAUGGGAAGCCAGUGGAAAGAACUGUUAUAAAAAACGAAUGUAAAGGAAGACAAAAAAAAAAAAGACUUGUUCCAGUUCUGUUUGUAAAGAAAACCUUAAUGUCUUUAAAACAUUGUAUGUAAAUAGAGAGUACUUUUUUUUGCAGUGUGUUUUUUUUUUUGUUGUUAUGGAAAUCGGUGCAUUCAACAAGGGGUUUCGGCACCCCAAAAGAGUACUUAAAAGACUUUGGCACGAAUCACAUUUCAAGAAGCCCCCCAGGACUCUUCAUGUGGAUAUUACAGGCCAUUCCAGCGCCACCUACUUGCCAAAAAGCAAAUCACAAUGCAUAUUGCAGCUUCAUUGUAAAUUUGAAAUGCAGUUUAAAUUAUUUAGCAACACUGUGGAAAUAAUAAUGCAUGGGUAUAUUAUGUUUCUUUUUUUAUCAGAAAAAAGGAAAGGCUUGCCACAUUGUUCUGCACACUGGGCAUGAACUGUCCAAAGUGAAGAUUUAUGAGCUGAGUAAUUAUUAUUUGAAUUAGUUUUCAUUUAAGAAGCUGUCUCAUCCCCCUAGCCUAUACAUCUGUACAUUGAAACAGAAUGUAAUCGUGAACACAGCGGACAACAUUUGAGAACUGAAGCUCUGGGUGCUUGUUUAAAAUUUCACUCCUGUGUUUUCUGAUCAAGCUCAAUAUAAAGCUUUGGCUUGUCCAUGUGGGCUAUUUUUGAAGUACCAAAGUAAGAGAAGCUGAUGGAAGGGUCGAAUGUUGUUUUGGGUGGAUAGAUGUAUUUGAUAUUGUACAGCAGAUGAUUCCUGUCGAAAUAUUUCUGUAUAAUUAAAUUAAACCGAUGCACCGUUGUUGCACUUUUUCGUUGCUUUAUUUUCACAGAAAAUAUAUACAGGUAAUGCUUGCCUGUACGAUAAGGUCGUCAAGUAUAUUAUAGUUAUUAUGUUGCAUUAAAGCCCACCUGGACAUGCAUUGAAGCAACUUCUCUUGCUACAAAUCCAUCGUUAAAUAUAGCUACUAUAAAUAAUAGUAAUACAUGAUCAUAACCUGCAACUCUCUGGUACAGUUAAGUGUAGUGCCGCUGCUUAUCUUUAAUGCAUCCCUUGAUUGUCUCUUUGAAUUGUGGCAACUUAUUUUGUUUCAGAAGAAGUCACAUUUAUUAAAAUAUUGUUUUUCGAUACAGUUACUAGUACAAGAUGAUAAAAACCAAACUUCUUAGCUUUUGGUAGUGGUUGAUUUGCUUUGUUGUGUGGAAAAGCUAGAUACGCAUUCAUGUGCCUGCUGCCUGACUUUUCUGUGGAUCAAACUGGUUUUGUUUCUUUUUGUAAACCCCCAGAGCUGAUGUUCUGUAACCUCCAAUUCCCUUCUCGCUUUCAAUCUUAUCCUGUAUUUUUAGCAGGGUGUUAAGUGUAAUGUUGUUUACAACAUGGAAGAAAAAAAAAGCUUCUUUACAAAACAGAAAUCUUAAAAUCGAUAAUUAUAAUGAUCAUAAUACUCGGUGCAUUAAUACUGAACCUCCGUCUUUGCUAAAAAUUUUAGUGGUUAAAGUUGGGUACAUUAAAACCACAUGCAUCACAUGUUGAAAUUCAGUUUGUAUCGCACACUUCUCUCUUUAGUUGUCAGUGACAAGAAUUCAGACCAAUCAAUAAAGUGGAUCAGUUCUCCACCUGGUUUCUAGUUUCUA